AUGAAGCUGCUUUACUAUACAAUAAUUGACUCAACACCGUUCAAGGCUCUCUUGGUAUUGAAUGACCAAGGCGCGUUAAUGUACGCGUCAAUAGGGAAAGAUGCUAUGGAACUUUGCAAGAAAUUAGUUGAGGAAUUUAAACCGAAACGAGAAUAUCAACUACAACCACUUUCAACACUCUCGGAUCGAUCAUUGGUUAAAGAAUCGAUUGAGAAGUUUGAAAAAUUAAUGAAUAAUCCUGGAAAGGAAACGAUUAAUACUAUUCCAGUUGAGUUUAUCUUUGGCACGCAAUUACAACAGCGCAUCUGGCGUGAAUUGAUGAAGAUUCCUCCUGGUAAAACAAAACACUAUGGAGAGAUUGCUGAUAGUAUGAAGCUACUGCCUGGAUCAAGUAGAGUUGUUGGGAACGGGUGCGGUUCAAAUAAAAUUGCGGUGGUGGUACCUUGCCAUCGCGUCAUUGCACUCUCGGGCAAACUCAAUGGCUAUAAAUGGGGGAUUGAAGUCAAACGGCACCUCUUAAAAUCUGAGUUAGGUAGUGAUUAUUCAUUCAUUGUUACAGAUUAA